GACGUGUCUGUUGCAGGCGAAGGAAGUUUGCAUUGCAACGGUGUUGCUGGAAAGUUUGUUUCCCCUUAUCAGCUUAGGAGAAGAACAAGGGCAGCGGGAGAGAAGUGCAGCCGAAGACGCGUCGUCCACAGUGGGAGGGGACAUCGCUUUUAUUGUCACCCCGAUCUUGUGUGUGGGGCUUUACCGGGACGUACUGUAAUUCCAGUCUCGCCGCGCCAAGCCUCUUUCUCCACCUCUCGCUCGACUCCCCGCUAGAUGGGGAAAGAGCAAGAACUAUUGGAGGCGGCCCGCACCGGGAACCUCGCCGCCGUGGAGAAGCUGCUGUCCGGGAAGCGGCAGACAGCAGGGCACGGUGGUGGAUCGUCUGGAUCCGGAGGGAGCGGCGGCAGCAGCAGCUCAUCACACCCGCUCUCCAGCUUACUCAGUAUCUGGAGGGGUCCCAAUGUAAACUGUGUGGACAGCACUGGAUACACCCCCUUGCAUCACUCUGCUCUCAAUGGACACAGUAAGGUGGUGGAGGUGCUGUUGAGAAACGAAGCCCUGACGAACAUUGCAGACAACAAGGGCUGUUACCCGCUGCACCUGGCUGCCUGGAAGGGGGACGAGCAGAUUGUGAAGCUGCUGAUUCACCAGGGACCCUCGCACCCCAAGCUUAAUGAGCAGAGCUCGGUAGACAACAAAGAAUUCAAAAGGUGUGGCCCAUUUGACCCCUAUAUUAAUGCCAAGAACAAUGACAAUGAGACGCCUCUGCACUGCGCUGCUCAGUACGGGCACUCCCAGGUGGUGCAGCUCUUGCUGGAGGAGCUCACGGACCCUACCAUGCGCAACAACAAGUUCGAGACCCCCUUGGACCUGGCUGCUCUGUACGGCCGGCUGGAGGUGGUGAAGCUGCUGCUGAACGCCCACCCUAACCUGCUGAGCUGCCACACCAAGAAGUACACCCCUCUGCACCUGGCAGCACGGAACGGGCACAGCGCCGUGGUGCAGGUGCUGCUGGACGCGGGCAUGGACAUCAACUACCAGACUGAGAAAGGCAGCGCGCUUCACGAAGCUGCCCUGUUUGGAAAGACAGACGUGGUGCAGAUCCUGCUGGCUGCGGGUAUUGAUGUGAAUAUCAAGGACAGCAGGGGCUUGACGGCGCUGGAUACCGUCAGAGAGAUGCCCUCGCAGAAGAGCAGACAGACAGCAGCACUUAUUGAAGGUCAUAUGACAGGAGGUCCUGGUGAACUGGAGAAGGCCACGCCUCCACAGCCAGUCCCGCCCAAUCCAGAGACUGUCAGCCCCAGGUCAAAGGGGGAAGUGGAGCGGGAGCUGUCAGAUCUCUUCACGCGGAUGGAGCCGCGGCCGGAGGAGGAGUGCCCCUACGAGGCGCUGUUCGAGGCCACGUCCUGCCACUCCCUGGACAGCCUGGCCAGCGGCAAGUCCUCCGACCGAGACUCGGGCCGGCCUGAGAGCGAGCCCCUGGGAGGCAAGAAGGAGCGCCCCCCUCCUCCAUCCCAACCUCCCCCCGAGGAAGAGGACGAGCACCCCUGCAGCCAUGAGGCCCUGUAUGUGAACAGCAGGAUUGACUGGAAGGAGAAGGAGAAAGAGGGGGAGGAGGAGGAUGAGAACCCCUACGAGCUGCUGGAGACUGCAGAGACCAAGCUUCCUGCGGGCCAGGACUGUCUGCAGAGCAAAGUUGAAGAGCGCGUCUCUCUGCCUGCAAACAGCCUUCUACCUCAGACCCAGCAGCCAAAGUCAGCUCCCUCCUCAAAUCUCCAGCACUCAGCCCAGGGCGCUGAGUCUCUGCCCCGCUCAGGACAAGCUCCAAGCCCCGGGCAACGCCCUACCCAAGCCAGCGCAGAUAACUCCAGGAGCACAGACCUGAGUACAGAGGGCCUAGAAGGGAGCGUGAUUCCUCAGCAGUUUUCGGGACUUUUGCACGGAUCUUCCCCAGUCUUUGAGAACCAGGAGGACCCUUUCACUGGUGCUGGGGAGAGUGGCAGCAAAACCGCUGAGCCCAGGAUAGGAGCGUCUGCCGUGGAGGUCAAAGGUGGUUUAGAAGCAGCACAAACUGGACCAGCCAUGCAGAGCUCUGCCUUGGACCCCAAGCCCAGAGUGGUCUACAAGACCAUCCUGCACACCAGCAUCAACCAGCAGGAGCUGGGGGGCAAGGCCUCUACAAGGGGGACGGGGCCUCUCCCCUGUGGCCGGAUCCGACCCCCCGGCGACCUCAAGCUGGCACGCAGCCUCUCGAAAUCGGACUCGGACCUGCUGGUGUCGCCCCCUAGCGAGGAGGACGGCUUGGGCAGCCGCAGUGAAUCGAUCUCCAAUUGCAGCGGAGGGAAGAAGCGGCUGGAGAAAUCGCCGUCCUUUGCCUCGGAGUGGGACGAGAAGCUCCAGCCUCUCGCCCCAGUGCACCGGAGAGCUAAGUCAGUUCAAAGUAUUGAGAAGAUUAUGACGUUGAUCGGAGCUGGGAUCGACUUCUCCAGUGACCAGACGAGCGCAGCCUCAGGCAGCGGAGGAGGAAGGGGGAGCUCCCGCGCCCUGGAGCAGCCUGUCGGAGACUGGCUGGAGCACAUCGGCCUGCCCCAGUACGAGAGCAAGCUCCUUCUGAACGGCUUCGACGACCUGCACUUCAUGGGAAGCAAUGUAAUGGAGGACCUAGACCUGCAAGAGAUCGGGAUCUUGGACCCUCAGCACCGGAAGAAGAUCCUGCAGGCUGCACGCUCCCUGCCCAAGGUGAAGGCUCUGGGCUGUGAUGGCAGCUCCUCUCUCGCCACCUGGUUAGAUUUGCUGGGACUGCAGGAGUACCUCCAGAACUUCCUGGCCAGCGGCUACCGCACCAUCGACUGCGUCAAGAACCUGUGGGAGCUGGAGAUCGUCAACGUGUUGAAGAUUAACCUGCUCGGUCACAGGAAACGCAUCAUCGCCUCCCUGGCUGAGCGGCCCUAUGAGGAAGCGCCCGUGAAACCCCCGCGGCUCUCCCAGAUCAGAUGCCAGGACCUUGUCUCCCAGACCUCUCCGCUCAGUCACGACUCGUACGCUGGCCGCUCCAUGGACAUGCUGCUGCCCAAGGGGGAUUCUGGGAGGAGGCGAGCCGAGCCCGAGCAAGAGGCCCAGCACCGCUCUCGGUCCGAGCGGCACCGCACACAGGACAGACACGAGGAACGCAGAGAGCCCAAGUUAACCCUUCGCCCGCCGAGCCUCGCAGCGCCCUACGCACCCAUCCAGAACUGGCAUCAUCGACCGGAGAAGCUCAUCUUCGAGUCCUGUGGCUACGAGGCAAACUACAUGGGAUCGAUGCUCAUUAAGGACCUCCGAGGUACUGACUCUACACAGGAUGCCUGUGCGAAAAUGAGGCGGUCGACGGAGCAGAUGAGAAAGAUCCCCACUAUCAUCCUCUCCAUCACCUACAAAGGGGUGAAGUUCAUCGAUGCUUCCACCAAGAACAUCAUCGCAGAGCACGAGAUCCGGAACAUCUCCUGUGCAGCUCAAGACCCCGAGGACCUGUGCACCUUCGCCUACAUCACCAAGGACCUGCUGACCUCCCACCACUACUGCCACGUCUUCAGCACCGUCGAUGUGAAUCUGACCUAUGAGAUCAUCAUGACUUUGGGACAGGCGUUCGAGGUAGCCUAUCAGCUGGCACUGCAGGCCCAGAAGCCAGUGCCCCAUGCCGCAGGGUCAGAGGUCACUGAGAUUAAAUCAGCACAGCCGGUUCCGAAGCCCCGCGAGAGUAGCAUGAGGAAGUCAACGGGUGCUCCUCUUCCUGAAAGUUGCUGCUGUUACUGUCAAACGUGUACCACUCACCGGCCAUCCUACCUCCCGCUGCACUCUGUCAGCCCUCGAGUCCAGAUGGAGCCGUUGGAGCUGGAGCAGGACUCCCAGUCCCAUGGCAGCGCCUCGUGGAUCGUGGACCAGAAAGCGGACCCCAAGCGGACCAUCAGCACCAAAAGUACUGCACAUGGAUGGAAGCCCUGAUGAUCAAACUUAGGAGCUUACUGACAAUGCUGAACCAGAGUGCUGGGACGGAGCAGCGAGAGGGGGACGGGACGGGGGACCCUGUCCCCUCCCCUCUACACACCCCCUGCCAGCCCCCCUUGGACACCGGGAAGACCCUCUGCAUGAGAAAGUGACUUCUCCUGGCUCUUGUCCUUUUGGAGACAGCACUGUUACCCCUGUACAGGUGCACAGCCCAGCUGUGUUGGGCCGAGUAUGAGACGGCAGUAGCUGCUGUUUGGUAGAUAGUGUCACUGAACAAGCCAUUCUAGACACGGCUGGACUGCACAGCUGCUCAGCAACUCUAUCAUGUUAAUGUGAAUUAAGCAGCGUGCGAUUAUUUUCUGUGGGUUUUUUUUUAUUUAAAAAACAAAAAACAACACAGCUGUAUGCGUUUCUAAUCUGCAAGCUCUUUAUUUCAAAACUUGGAAUUCGUUUUUGGGGUUCAUUUUCGGGUGGCCAGGAACUGGCCUGAUUUUUUUUUUUUUUUAAAACCAGGACCUGUUUGUUGUUUCCACUUUUAAUGUAGGUUGCAAUGGAUUUUACAGUGCCGCAUUCACAAAGUUAUUUAAAGGAUUUUUUUAAAAAUCUGUUUUUAUGAAUAAAACAAAGUUAAAGCCGUUCGUGGAAUCCUAUUGGCAUUUAAACAAUAAAUAAAUAAAUAACGUUUGUAAGGUUUCAUGAAACAAAAACGAAAGCCACCCUCUUUUGCUACUGGAAUCAAAUUAUGAGUCGGCCCUUCCACCUGGAAUGGAUAAUGGCCAGUUAAGGGCAGUUGUGUUAUUUAUUUUGUCUGCAUAGUUAGGUUUGCAGGGCUAUUCCAAAGCAGAGAAACAGAUGUGUUUUUUUUUUUUUUUUAUAUAGUAUAUUCUGAGAUUUAAUAAAAGGUCAGUUUUUUUUUAUAUAUAUAUAUAUAUAUAUAUAUAUAUCUAUAUAUAUAUAUGUCCACUACUAGCAAAUGUCAAACGAUAUAAGGAUGUGUUAGUUAGACUCUAGAGGAGACUGCUAGUACAGUAAUCAGGCUAUUAUAACAGACACAGUGUUCGGCAGCACUGUGAGCUGCCCUGGGUCUCGGAGUAAGGAGCUGCAAAUCCAAUUUGAAAAGCAGAACAAAAAAAAACAAAAAAAAUUAAGAUGUGUUCAUCUGACGAGAAACAGUUUAAAAAAAUAAAGCAAUUGCCAUUUUAGAAUCUAUGGAAGGAUAUUUGAGCCGCAGUCCACCUUUUUGUUUGUCUGUGUGCUUUUCUACUAGAAUGCGGGCGUUCCUUUGCAAAGGGCUGCCGCUUGGCCGGCUUGCAGCUCUAUCCAUUCGCUGCAUUAAUGCCAUCGUUUCCAGCUAGCCGCUGUGGCUGUGAUGUGGACACUAAGCUUUAACACAGUGUGCAGGUACAAUUAAAGGGAAAAGACAGAGAGGAAGCUGGGAACAAAAUACUUAACAGCAGUACAUGUAUAUAUUUCUAAAGGUACUGUAAAACACAGGCUGUGGGAGCCCUAUGCUGUAGUGUACACCUUUUAAAAGUGAGCCAAUCAAUAAUGAAUAAAUCUCCCCUUUUAGUCGGCUAGUUCCCCUAGUCUGCGCUGACUUGCCGCAGCCUGCAUUGCGUUGGUACGGUCGUGAGGAUGUUUAGUUGUUUUAACUGGGGGCUAGGAGGCCACCUAGACACUACAUGGUGGUUUUAACAAAAAUGUAUCGUGAUAAUUUAUUUGAUAUCUUUUUUGUGCUGUUUCAAGUUGUGUUAAAACUGAGCCAGGCUGAUAUGAGCUUUCCUUUGAACAAGGUCAUCUUUUUUUAAAGGGGCGCGAUUGUAGCGUUCAGGAACACUACAAUGCAAUUCAAAGACAAGGUACUCUGUGUCUUUAAGGAAAAGGGCGUGCACCCCUCUCAUCAGAAUCAGGUACGAGAAACAUUUGUAUGCCCAUUGCAAUCUGAGAAACGGAUAUGAAAGUGGCUUAUUGUAGGCACAGUUUGUGCAACAGCUUGAGGGUACUUUUUUCCUUAUAUUGCAAUUACCUGAUGGUUGCAUGCAGACUGUUCCAUCAAUCCCCAAGUGAGCAGCGCCCUUUUCAUCAAAGCGACAGCAAACCCUCCUAAAAGAUUUAGAAACCUGGCAUCCUAAUAAACAGAAGAAAUAAUGAAGUCUUAAUUUUUAAUAGGCGGAGUCAAACCCAAACUACAGCCACAGACCCAUGCAGUUGAAUGGGUUGGGUUUGAGUGGAGUUUGCGUGCUUCCAUUGGUCCUAUUGAUUCUAUCAGCCUUGUUCAGUUUGUCAUUUGCACAUUUGCUGAUGGGUAGCGAUUGGGACUAACCUGCAAUGGUAUCGUUGACUAUGAUGAUGCUAAUAAUAACAGUAAUAAUGAUCGUGGAUUGUAAUUAAUCCCUAGUUUCUGUGUUUUGAUACUUGAAUGAUUCUGGUUUUCUAUAUAGAAAUGUCUGUGUAUGUAAUGUGAAUCUUUAUUGUUACAUUGUCUGGGCUAAAAAAAAACAAACAAACAACAUAUCACGGUACUAGUUUCUGUUUUGUGCAAGAAAAGCAAUCGUGAACAAAGAAGAAAAGUUAGGCUGACCUCAUUACAAAAGAAAAAGGGUUGUAAAUAUUCCUGGGAUAGGACUGUUGGGGGGUUUUUGUGUUAUUUUUCAUAAUUGUGCAACUAAUAAUAAAUGAACAAAAGUAAAA